AUGCUAAGGAUGUUUUUCUCCAUGGAGGCAACUAGAUUUCCCUUUUUGGAUCAGAGAAUUUUAGUACCCCAGUGCUUUUUCUGUUUCUCGACGGGGAUGUACGGGAAUCUGCAUAGGUUUCUGUGGAGUUGUACGCGGCUUCGCCGCUAGGCCGCUGGGCCGCUGGACCACUGGGCCAGUUUACGACGAACGAAGUAGUUUUUGCCUGGCUGUCUGUAUGUAAGCCGUUUUAGCUGGUUGACUUUUUUUCAUUAUUGGGGCUUCUUAUUUUCACUUAACUUGCUCAGUCGUUUGCUCAUAAUUAUUUUUCUGUUCUUAUUAUGUUUAUGUUUCUACAAGGCGGACGUGCGUUUGCUUUGAAGAUUGCUCACCUAAAGGAUCCAGAGCUUCGUAAGUUAGCAAUCGAUCUUCCCUUGCGUACCAUUGAAGCGAAGGCUCCUUCGACGACGGACCGUUACUUAAGAGCUUUUCAGAAAUUCAGGGAAUGGUCUUCACCUUAUAACGAGGUCGUUUGCCUGCCAUUGGACGAGAUAUCAGUUGCUCUUUAUUUAGAGUCCUUGAUUCAGGGCCUUUCCCCUUAUCCUUCCCUUGAGUCUGCUUGCUAUAGUAUUAAUUGGGCGCAUAAUUUGUAUGGUUUUCAAAGUCCCUGCGGUUCCAAAUUGGUUAACAACGUGCUCGAGGCAGCUAAAAGAAGGCUUGCGAAAUCUGUUUUUAAAAAAGAACCCGUUACCCCCGCUAUGAUUUUAGAUAUUUGUAAUAGGUUUGCCGGUCCUAAUGCUAAUCUUUCUGAUCUUCGUUUAGCAACCAUUUGCGUAACCGCGUAUACCGCUUUUCUCCGCUAUAAUGAGUUAGCUAGCCUACGCUGUUCCGAUGUUAGUUUUUGCGAUUCUUUUGUCAAGAUUUAUGUUUACAAAAGUAAAAGGGAUGUUUAUAGGGAUGGUGCCUACGUCUUGUUGGCAAAAACAGGGUACGUUUCUUGCCCCUUUAAUCUGCUUCGCAGA